GUUCAUUUAAAGCUCAUUUAUACUCUGAAGGCAAAUACUUGUCUAAGCUGUUAAAAGUAAAGUGUAUAAAAUGGAUUUAAUGAUCACAUUUGUCUUGCUGGGUUUAUUGCUGGCAGCCAUCGGGGCUCAGGACAUGAGUCUAGAUCAGUUGCAAGUGCAAUUACAAUCUCAGAGGGAACUGGAAGAAAAGCUAGUUUGGCUUCAAUUAAAACUGUCUGAGGAUCUGUACAAAGAUAAGCUGAUAAAAUCGCUAAAGGAAGCGAACGAGUUGCUACUUAAUAAAAACUGCACAAACGAAAGGUGCAAUGAAUCUGAACUGAACCUUCAACAUCGAAUAGCCCAACUACAGAGCACCGCAGAAAUCCUUAAAAUAAUGGUUGACAAUAAUAAUAAUAAUCAACUAUCACCAUCGAACAUUAUUGAAAACCAGCUACAGCUGUGUCGGUCUCGGCUGGUGAAGACAUCCGCAAAUCCUAUUGGGGAAACCACCCCAAGAAUUGAGAUACCGAAGCCCACCAGCUGUAUUCCGUUCGGCUAUUAUACAGGCAUUAAAACACUUCACCUUCCCGGUAUAAGUCCUUUUCGCGUAAUGUGCGAUGGUCAAACUGCAGGACCUGGCUGGACUCUCAUUCAACGGAGAAUUGAUGGCUCAGAGGAUUUUUAUAGAAAUUGGGAUGAUUACCGUAACGGUUUCGGCAAUCUGGAUAAAGAGUUUUUCCUAGGUCUAGAAAAUAUUUAUCACUUGACCAAUUAUCAGCGCUACGAGUUGUAUUUUUUCAUAGAGGCAUUUAAUGGUAGUACCCGCUGGGCUCGGUAUAAUAAUUUUUAUAUUGGUAGCGAAGUCGAAAAUUACAAACUGAAAAGUCUGGGUGAAGUGAAAGGCACUAUAGACAUGAUGUAUUAUCAUUUGGAUUAUGAAUUUAGCACUUACGACCGGGAAACCAGUUCUCAGGCCCACUCGAAGACAUACCAUGGAGGCUUUUGGUAUUCGUUAAGAUAUAUAUGGUGCAAUCCUAAUGGGCGAUAUUAUGAAAAUGCUUCUGAUAAACGAGACAGCAUGUACUGCACAGAUUAUAUUUCGAGUAAAGCAAUAAGAAUGCUUAUUCGCCCUAAUAUGGGUUAAUAAUACAAUAAAAUAAAACAUAUUUCGUAUGUAUCAUUUUUAACAGUCGAUUCCGAGAGAUAUGUCUGCAGUUUCUAUGAUUUUCACAAUUUUACUACUAGUUUCGAUUUUUUAAAAUAUAUUCUUAAAACUUGCCACAAAUCCUUGGUUAUGUGUGCCAAAAGGACAGUACUCUGAAAAUUUAAGUCAGUCAGGAUGAAUAGUUAUAUGCUAAAACUAUUAUUGCUUUCUUUUUUGUGAAUAAAAAAUAAAUGAAAAAAGAACACAAAAUGAAAAUAUUCUGCUUAAAUUUGAACCGGCGACCUCUCGUUUGUUAGUUCGACGCUCAGCAAACUCAAAAUAUAUAUAAUAUAAUAUAUAUAAAAAGCAUUUCCACUUAGAAAAGAUUUAAAUUUAAGUUUUAAUAUUAUAUCUAAGCUGAUUUAUAUUCAAUAUCAAUAUAUCUUAACUGAAAACAAAACGAAAAAGCUGUUAAAAAUAAAAAAAUACCUAUUAACAACCUAAUAAGGCAAAAGAUCUAAAAAGAUACUAUUCCUAUGCGACAAUUAAAUUGCCAAAAAAA